UUUAUUUUUAUUUGUCGUCUUCUCCAGGGGGAAGAAGAAGAAAAAAAAAAUACGAAAUUGUUUCGCUGCCAACAACACGCUGUCUCUCUGUCUCAUCAGUCCAAUCGGAGCUCCUUAUUCUUACAUCGCUCCUUCAACUCCCCACUCAUUGUUCGUACGGUCACGUGCCUUCCUCGUGAGCGCCUCAUCCAUGGCUUCCGCCAAUUCAGUCCGAGUUGCCGCCGCUCAGAUGACUUCGAUCAACGACCUCGCUGCCAAUUUUGCCACCUGCUCCCGCCUCGCCAAGGAAGCGGUUUCAAAGGGGGCAAAGUUGCUUUGCUUCCCUGAGAACUUCUCUUAUGUGGGUGCUAAGGAUGGAGACAGUGUUAAAGUUGCAGAACCCUUGGACGGUCCCAUUUUGCAGCAAUACUGCUCUCUAGCAAGAGAGUCCGGAAUUUGGCUGUCACUGGGAGGCUUCCAGGAGAGAGUAGAUGACACUCAUUUGCAUAAUACACAUGUCGUGAUUGAUGAUGCAGGGAACAUUCGCAGCACUUAUAAGAAGAUACACUUGUAAGAUGCUUUUAGGCUUCAGCAAGAU